AUGGCGAACCAGACUCCGGCCGUUGUCAUGGACAACGGCACGGGUUUCUCGAAGCUGGGAUUUGCUGGAAACGACUCUCCUUCCUUCGUAUUCCCGACAGCAAUUGCAACCAAGGCAACUGGGGGUGGCGGCGGCGGUGCCGGCGGUGGCCGGCCGGCAGUUGGAAGCAAGCCAUCCUUCCUGACCGGUGGCGCUGGCCCGUCCGGCCACAUGUCAUCGAAGAGAGGAACCGAAGAUCUCGACUACUUUAUCGGCGAUGAAGCUAUAGCAGCAACGUCUGGUCCGGGAUACGGACUGCACUAUCCCAUCCGCCACGGACAGAUAGAAAAUUGGGAUCACAUGGAACGGUUUUGGUCGAACUCGAUCUUCAAGUACCUCCGGGUUGAGCCAGAGGACCACUACUUCCUACUGACGGAGCCUCCUCUGAAUCCGCCCGAGAACCGCGAAAACACGGCCGAGAUCUUCUUCGAAUCCUUCAACUGCGCGGGUCUGUACAUUGCGGUGCAGGCGGUGCUAGCACUGGCGGCAUCGUGGACGUCGUCCAAGGUGCAGGACCGCUCGCUGACGGGCACGGUUAUCGACUCGGGCGACGGUGUGACGCACGUGAUUCCAGUGGCGGAGGGCUACGUGAUCGGUUCGUCGAUCAAAUCGAUUCCGAUUGCGGGGCGCGACAUUACGUACUUUGUGCAGUCGCUGCUACGCGACCGGGGCGAGCCAGACUCGUCGCUCAAGACGGCGCAGGAGAUCAAGGAGGAGUUCUGCUACGUGUGCCCAGAUAUUGUCAAGGAGUUUGCGCGCUAUGACCGGGACUCGUCGCGGUUUGCCAAGUACAACGCCGUGCAGUCAGGGCGGCGGCAGGUGACGGUGGACGUUGGGUACGAGCGGUUCCUGGCGCCGGAGAUCUUUUUCAACCCGGAGAUUUACAGCUCGGACUUCCUGACGCCGCUGCCGGUAGUGGUCGACAGCGUGAUCCAGUCGUCGCCCAUUGACGUGCGGCGUGGCCUGUACAAGAACAUUGUGCUCUCGGGCGGCAGCACGCUGUACAAGGACUUUGGUCGGCGGCUGCAGCGCGACAUCAAGCAGUUGGUGGACGCGCGCAUCCGAGCGAGUGAGCAGCGCAGCCGCGGUGCCAAGAGCGGCGGACUCGAAGUGCAGGUGAUUACGCACAAGCGCCAGCGGCAUGGUCCUUGGUUCGGUGGCAGUCUGCUGGGACAGACGCCCGAGUUCCGGUCCUACUGCCACACCAAGGCAGAGUACCAAGAAUACGGACCCGGUAUUGUUCGGAGAUUCGCACUGCUGGGCGGUCCCGGCGGCUCUUAA